GGUUCAUUGUUUGGAACGGCGUGCACCUGGAAGGACGCAAAAACGGUUCUUCGCGAGUGCUAUUAUAUCCAGGGGGAGUGUCGUAGUGUUGGUGCGCGGUGGUGGUUCUGGUCUGGUUCCGUAGAUGAGCUGGUGUGUGAGGAGGAGGUCUCGACACUGGUGUAGAGUCGAUUCCGCCAACAACAACAACAACGACGACGGUGACGACCAGCCGACGAUUGUAUUAAAAUUGAAUGGUAGAAUAGAAUAAAAAAACUAGUUCUACACAUAAAAGUGUUGUACAUAUACAAAGAGUACCGAGUGGAAUUGCGUUUAAAUAGUUUCGAGAGGGGAAUAAUAAAAGAGACAAGUACAGUGAAGUUAUCAUCGCGUCCGUUUGACACAUAUCGAUAAAAUAAAGCUAGAUAGAAUCGAUUACGGGGUUUCGCUGCAGAGUUCCGGCGGCGGCGGCGGCCAACUUUCGCGAGUGUGAGUGUGCGGUAGAAAAAAGUUCCCAGAAGUGUCACACCGGAAGUACCUCCGGGAAACGAUCCGGAAUUACCCUGAAACCAGUCCCACUGGGAGUAGCAGCAGUAGACAGCAGUGUUCAGCAAUUGCACAAUGAGUGGUGCAAUCAAUAACAGCAGACAUCAGAAGCUGGAACAGCAACGCCAGCUAAUGGAGGCCUACAUCCGGCAGAAACGGGCCACGCCCGGGAUGGUCCAGGCAAGUGACCUGCAGCUCGUCCGGCCCAUGUCCGCGGUAAACCGAAACGGGCGCGAGGUGCACGCGUACGAUGGCCCAAUGCAGUUCAUGAUGUCGCCCAGCAAUCCGGACCAGAUCAUCAGCAGCAGCGGGUCGCCGACGACGGUCACGACGACCGGAACGACGACGACGACGGGGUCGGUCACGACGACACCGACCUCACCGUACAGCGACGCCACCCUGGAAAAACUCACCCCCUCCUCACAGGACAGUGAAGACGAGGAAAGCACACCGGUGGACAUUCUGCCCUCCUCGAACAGCUUCGACCGGCACAGCGACGGCCACCUGACGCACUCGGCACCGAUUUCACCCGCCCUGAACAACAACGUCAGCAGGGACAGCCAGCAGGACAGCGGUAGCAGUGGCAACCUGAAGAGCAUGGAACACUCGUCGCCGCAGGCUAGCGGCCAUAACGACGCCGAGGGGGACGUGGCCGGGCCGAUCGAACAGUGGGUGACGCAGCCGGCGGCCCAGGGAGUGCUGUACAAGUGCCGGAUAACGCGCGACCGGAAGGGCAUGGACCGGGGGUUGUUCCCGAUCUACUAUCUGCACCUGGAGCGGGACUACGGCAAGCGGUUGUUUUGUUUGGCAGGUCGCAAGCGCAAAAAGAGCAAAACGUCCAACUACAUCAUCAGCUGCGACCCGACCGACCUGUCCCGCCAGGCGGACGGCUUCGUGGGGAAGCUGCGCUCGAACGUGUUCGGCACCACGUUCUUCGUGUACGACAACGGCAAAAAGGACGACCCGGUUAGCCCGCGGCUCGAUCUGGCCGUGGUCAUCUACGACACCAACAUCCUGGGCUUCAAGGGGCCUCGCAACAUGACGGUGCUGCUGCCGGGCAUGACCGAGGACGACCAGAGGGUGAAGAUCAACUCGUCCGACAGUCACGGCCAGGGACUGCUCGACAGCUGGAAGUCGAAGCACAUGGACAAUGUCGUUGAACUGCACAACAAGACGCCCAUCUGGAACGACGAGACGCAGUCGUACGUGCUCAACUUCCACGGCCGGGUCACGCAAGCGUCCGUGAAGAACUUUCAGCUGGUGCACGACUCCGACCCGGACUACAUCGUGAUGCAGUUUGGCCGGACGUCGGACGACAUUUUCACGAUGGAUUUCCGGUACCCGCUGUGCGCGUUCCAGGCGUUUGCGAUCGCGCUCAGCAGCUUCGACGGGAAGCUGGCCUGCGAGUAGGGAGGAGGUUUUAUAGGGCGUUUUAGGCUUUAGGGAAACACCAUGUGUUGAGAGUUGAGUUUUUUUGGAGAGGAAUUUCGGAGCGAAUUCUUUCAUCAGGUACAAUUAGUGUAGCGUUUAGCGGGGAGGAACGCACGAACUUCAAUUAUAGAGAGCAAAAGAGCAAAAUUAGACAAACAAAAAAUGGUAACAAAUAGAGAUUUCUAUGAAAAGUCACACAAGCUUGAACACUGAAAGAAAGGUUCAAGUUGUAGUUUUAGUACGCGCAAGGAAUUGUAAAGAGCUUGAGAUUGAAAUAGUUAAGGACACGAGAUUUGAACGUAGUAUUUAUUGAGUUUUAUUAUUUCUCUAAGAAUUGGCUCACACGACUAGAAAAA